AUGCUAGAAAAGAUGAAAGACCAGUUCCUUACAGAUUAUUUAGCAAAUGACUUGAAGCCUUUGUCAGAAACAAGUAUGGAAUACGGUGAUGAAAGUGUUUUAGUAAAAGGGACAUCUGGAGGGACUGUGAUGGUAGGAAUACGAGACGGCGAUGACGAUGAUGUGCUGGAAGUUGAAGUGGAGAGUAAUGAUUAUGAAGGUACUGGCAUGGAUAUAAGUGACAUACAGUUAGGGCCUGGUUCAGGUGGAACAGGUAAUUUAAAAGAAACUAGUCACUCUGAAAUAACCAUCAACUCUGAUGUAACAAGUGAUUCACAAAUUAUAAGCAUCUCAAAUGAUUCUAUUGUUAAAAGUGGCUUGGAUAUGAUGAGCAACAUUCACAUGCCAAAUGUCUCGGAUGUGACGAGUAACUUGGACAAAUUAAUUGACUCGGAUAUUAUAAAUGAUUCGUAUAUGGCAAAUAACACAAAUGCAACUAGUAGCUCAAUUGACUCGGAUGGGCCAGAUAAUUCGAAUAUUAUAAAUGACUCUGAUGUCAUACAUGACUGGAAAGUGCCAAAUGCCUGGGAGGGAGAUGCGACAAGUGACACAGGUAUAGGAAGUACCCAUGUUGAGUUGACUGUGGUGGACCCUGAGAAGGUUCACGUGCAUGGGAAUCUGGUGAUCGUUGACCACACUUGGGAUGAUGCAAGUAGUGGAGAAGGUACAUGGACAUCAUCUCCUCCUGUAAAUGAUGUCAUUGGAAGCCAAUAUUCAGACUCUACCCGCCCAUCAACGGAGACAGCAAAUAAGAUAGACAAUGCACAAUUUGAGGAAGAUUUGGUUACAAGCCAUUCUGGAUCAGGUCAAGAGACAAGCCUAAACACAAGCAAUAUGAUGACACAUGGACUAGUUGAAGGCACUGAUUCCAAAACUCCAUCCAGCACCAAUAAUGAGUCUGAUGAGAACUUUCUUAAUGAUAACAUCCAGUGGUUAAUCCUGGGAGAUUAUGCACUGGAAGACGAAGGAGCCGCAGGUUCUGGCCCUCCAGUGCCGCCGGAGACUGUCAUAACUUCCGGCAUCAGUGUUGGUGCACACAACACUGCCACACCUGGAGGCACACCUGGAGGCACACCUGGAGAACACACUGUCUUACAUCAAGGCUCCGCUUCACCUGUGGCUCCUGGGAUAUAUCAGUCAUGGUUUAGUAACAAUGUGGAUAAUACAGUAAUGCAUGACAUGGAAGCAGUCACAGCUGCAGAUGGCAGCACUGCAGCAGACAUAGCUGUAGAUGGCAGCACUGCAGCAGACAUAGCUGUAGAUGCCAGCACUGCAGCAGACACAACUGUAUAUGAAACUGCAGCAGACACAACUGUACAUGACACAACAAACACAACUGUUAAUGGCACUGCAGCAGACACUGCUGUGGAUGGCAAUCCUGCAGCAGACAUUUCUGUGGAUGGCAACCCUGCAGCAGACAUGGCUGUGGAUGGCAGCCCUGCAGCAGACACGCCUGUGGAUGGCAACCCUGCAGCAGACACGCCUGUGGAUGGCAGCCCUGCAGCAGACACGGCUGUAGAUGACAACACUGCAGCAGCAGACAUGGCUACAGAUGACAGCAUUGCAUCAGACAUGGUUGUAGAUGACAACACUGCAGCAGACAUGGCUGUGGAUGGCAACCCUGCAGAAGACACUGCUGUGGAUGACAACCCUGCAGCAGACACACCUGUGGAUGGCAGCCCUGCAGCAGACACACCUGUGGAUGGCAGCCCUGCAGCAGGCACGGCUGUAGAUGACAGCGCUGCUGCAGACAUGGCUAUAGAUGACAACACUGCAGCAGCAGCAGACAUGACUACAGAUGACAGCACUGCAGCAGCAGACACGGAUGUGGAUAACAGCACUGCAGCAGCAGAUAUUGCUACAGAUGACAGCACUGCAGCAGCAGACAUGGCUACAGAUGAUAGCCCUGCAGCAGACACACCUGUGGAUGGCAGCCCUGCAGCUGACAUGGCUGUGGAUGACAGACCUGCAGCAGACAUGGCUGUAGAUGACAGACCUGCAGCAGACAUGGCUGUAGAUGACAGACCUGCAGCAGACACGGCUGUGGAUGACAGACCUGCAGCAGACACUGCUGUGGAUGACAACCCUGCAGCAGACACUGCUGUGGAUGACAACCCUGCAGCAGACACACCUGUGGAUGGCAGCCCUGCAGCAGACAUGACUACAGAUGACAGCCCUGCAGCAGACACACCUGUGGAUGGCAGCCCUGCAGCAGACACGGUUGUAGUUGACAGACCUGCAGCAGACAUGGCUGUGGAUGGCAGCCCUGCAGCAGACACUGCUGUGGAUGACAACCCUGCAGCAGACACACCUGUGGAUGGCAGCCCUGCAGCAGACAUGGCUGUGGAUGGCAGCCCUGCAGCAGACACUGCUGUGGAUGACAACCCUGCAGCAGACACACCUGUGGAUGGCAGCCCUGCAGCAGGCACGGCUGUAGAUGACAGCGCUGCUGCAGACAUGACUACAGAUGACAGCACUGCAGCAGCAGCAGACAUGACUACAGAUGACAGCACUGCAGCAGCAGACAUGACUACAGAUGACAGCACUGCAGCAGCAGACAUGGCUACAGAUGACAGCCCUGCAGCAGACACACCUGUGGAUGGCAGCCCUGCAGCAGACAUGGCUGUGGAUGGCAGCCCUGCAGCAGACACUGCUGUGGAUGACAGCCCUGCAGCAGACACACCUGUGGAUGGCAGCCCUGCAGCAGGCACGGCUGUAGAUGACAGCACUGCUGCAAACAUGGCUACAGAUGACAGCACUGCUGCAAACAUGGCUACAGAUGACAGCACUGCAGCAGCAGACAUGGCUGUAGAUGACAACACUGCAGCAGACAUGGCUAUAGAUGACAGCACUUCAACAGACACAACUGUAGCUGGCGCUGCAGCAGUAGACAUGGCUGUAGAUGACAACACUGCAGCAGACAUGGCUAUAGAUGACAGCACUUCAACAGACACAACUGUAGCUGGCACUGCAGCAGCAGACAUGGCUGUAGAUGACAACACUGCAGCAGACAUGGCUAUAUAUGACAGUACUGCAGCAAAUACUGUUGUGGAUGACAGCACUGCAGCAGCAGAUAUUGCUGUAGAUGACAGCACUGCAACAGCAGACAUGGCUACAGAUGACAGCACUGCAGCAGCAAACAUGGCUACAGAUGACAGCACUUCAACAGACACAACUGUAGCUGGCACUGCAGCAGACACAACUGUUGAUGACACUGCAGCAGAUAAUACACUAGAUACAAUACAGCAGACAAAAGCACAGCAAACACUGCAGGUGGCAGUGCAGCAGAAAUAG